GCGGGGUGCUCAUUUGAAGAGUGAUCUGCAUAAUUAAUGCAAAUUAAUCAUAAUCUAAGAGUUGUCUGAAUAUCGGAAGUCACCUUCAAUAGAAUGGCAAAAGCAACAACUAUCAAGGAAGCUCUAGCCAAAUGGGAAGAAAAAACUAGUCAGAAGCCAUCGGAGGCCAAAGAAGUGAAACUCUAUGCCCAGGUUCCCCCUAUAGAAAAGAUGGAUGCUUCUCUUUCCACUCUUGUUAACUGCGAAAAACUGUCUUUAUCUACAAAUUGCAUUGAAAAAAUUGCGAACUUAAAUGGGCUAAAAAACUUGCGGAUAUUGUCACUGGGAAGGAACAACAUAAAAAAUCUGAAUGGGCUGGAAGCAGUUGGGGAUACGUUAGAGGAGUUGUGGAUCUCAUACAACUUGAUUGAGAAGUUGAAAGGUCUCCAUGUGAUGAAGAAGCUGAGAAUUCUCUACAUGUCCAAUAAUCUGGUGAAAGAUUGGGCAGAGUUUGUGAGGUUGGCAGAGUUGCCGCUACUGGAGGAUCUGGUGUUUGUAGGCAAUCCACUGGAAGAGAAAUACUCUGCUGAUUCACAGAGUGCCUGGGUUGAGGAGGCAACCAAGCGAGUGCCCAAGCUGAAGAAACUCGAUGGUAUCCCGGUUAUAAAACAGGAAGAAACGGAAGAAGCAGAAAACUAGCACCUUUUCUUUCACAUUAAAUUAUUGAUGUAUCUCCAGCACUAUAUAGGAUGUCAUGCUUUUGUAUAAAUAUGUCUUUAAAGAAAAAUUUAGGCAACAUUUUAACUGAUUCAUCUCCAUGUUCUUCUCACCCAAAGAAUUCUUACUUUUUUAUUAUGAAUUUUUACUUUUUAUUUAAUACCUGGAGGGUUUUUUUGCAAGUGUAUGAUUUUUUUAAAGAGCAGGUUUCUAUAAAGCACAUGUUAAAUAGUUUUCUCUAAUCAUUUGAGAAAUGGCAGAGGAGUUCUAUAUACAAUAGUAUGGCUUUUUAAAAAUAUCUUUCUUUUAAAGAAAGAAUUCAAAUAAUGGUAUGCUUUAACAUUUAUCAAAUGUCUCUUGUUUUUUUCUCCUGAGUUAAUAUCCAGUAUUAGAUGAAAGAGUGAAGGCAGUUUCUUUGUUCUAAGUGAAGUAUUUCUCUCCUCCUUUGGUUUAAUAUGCUGGCUGAAUUUUCCUUUACAUUCUUUGUUUUAAGCAACAUGAAACUCUUAAGCAAAGGUUUUGUGCUGAUUAUAUGUUGCAGAAUGGCUGAAGUCCUUUAUUAUUUUGGAAUCGGAGUAAUCUGAGAAGAGAAAGCAGCUGUCAAAAGAAGUUGAAACAUAGCAUAGUGUUCAAAACUAAGACUCCAUUUUAGUAAUUGAUAAAUGACAACUGAAGAAACAGUUGUCCUGACAGGAAAGAAAGAAGAGAAAAGCAAUAGUGCUGUAGGAUAUAUAGUACACGUGUUCCAAUGCAGAUUAUUUUUUUGAUAAAGAAGACCAUAAGUCUUCUCACUUUGUCAAAGCCUACUCCCUCCCUAGAAUUUUUCCCUGAUAUGACUGGACAUUUUAGUCAUUCCUAAAGAUGGAAAGGAGAGAAAUAAAGUAAGGUGUUACUAUUUUGUUGAAGGUAAAAUUUAAUUUUAUAGGGGCUUGCAGCAGUUUUUCUCUGCUCUGAUUUUUUUCUACUUAAAAGUAUUGGCUCUGACAAUCCAUUUCUCAGCUAACAGAUGACAGGCAUUCAAAAAAGGAAUGGAACUGCAACACUCUGCAUAGUUAUAUGGCAAUAAACACUAUGGAAUACAGCGGGGCUCCCUUCUUUUUUACACAAAUGCUGAGCCUUUGCCCAGGAAUAUUUAUUCUUUAGCCUUUGGAUUUAUCCUAAUCAUUUAAAUGUGGCAGUUGGUUAAUAUGAUUACCCCUGAGAUUCCACUCUGUCUUAAAUCGAUGUAUUUAUGAGGCAUUAAGAGAGUUAUUACUCUGAAAGAAUUUUACGGUUCAGAUUUUUUUGAAGAGGAGAGUUCCUUACUAUUUUAGGUUUGGUUACUUCAAAGAGCAAUCCCCCAAGAUAUUUCACAAAGCUUCACUCGAGGUUCAAUGGAAUUGUUCUUGCACAUCCACAGAUUGGAUUUUUUUUUUUAAAAAAAAGAACUUUCAGAUAAUUUGAUUUUUACUUUCAUCCUAUUUAUAUUUAAUCUUAUUUGUUUCUGUGAAUCAAUCCAUGUAAAUGCAUCAUUUUUAACAAAGAUGUUUAUAUGUUAGGUUUAGUGCUUGGCAUUGUUUUUCUAAUAUGUUCUCAUUAGUAUCUUUCUUGUUGUCUUCACAUUAGGCCAGGUGUAGGUAAUCUUUUGUUGGCCAGGAGCCCAGCUGAAUGCUGGGGAAGAGGUUGUAAAAUGAAUGGAAUAUUUCACAUAAGUGAGCAGAAUUAUGUUCAGGGUUACAGAGAAGAGUACUAGAUUUGAAAGGCAGCUAUGAACUGAAUAAACAGAUGUUUUAGGGCUUAUCCUACUGUACAGGUGUUAUCUUUUCUUAUUUCAACAAAUGGGAAAUGAUGCUAUCAGUUUUCAUCAAUCAUGACAAGCUUUAAGACACUUUAGGGCUAUAAAAAAAGGCCAGAUUUCACUAUGAUGUCCUUAGAGGUUGCGCAGCUCUGCUUUACAAAAUAAGUCUGCUUGGUUGCAGUAGAAGUUACUUCUGAGUAAACAUGCAUAGGAUUACACUGCUUGCAACUGGGGAAGUUUAUGAACAGAUAAAUUAUUAUUGUUCUUGAUGUAGAACUUUUUUUUUUGUUGACAGUUUAAAGUAAGGUACUCUAUAAAGCAUUGUGUUCCCAGAGCAGUGAUUGUAAUUAUGUACAUCAUCUUUGCGUCUUAGCAAUAGAUUUUUCUCUUGGUACCUGUGAGGCAGGAGAAACUGGUGAACUAAUUAAGAGUUGUCAUUUCUGGGGUACAAAAAUUGGAGCUGCAAAUAUUGGGGCAUUUGCUGGAUGACAACAAACAUUCAUAGUAUUGUGUAUUUCUUUCCUGCCAUCUACUGGUCAUCCAGAGUUUUGCAGCCUGGAUAACCUUUAACUGGGCAAAAACAGUGCCAUGAACAAAAUUCAAAAGUAUUUCAAGUGGGCUAACAUGAAAUUCAUCCAAAAUCUGGGACACAUAACUCUUGUGGAAUGGAUAUUUGACAAGUUUUAAAAAAUGUUUUAUGACACAAACAUUAUCCUAAAGCACUUAUGGCAUAAUACAAAGUAUCAUAAAAAAUUUCUGGUCCUGAUGUUUGACUAUGCUAUACAGUUCAGCAUGGCUGUUUUCAAGGCAGAAACAUCUCUGAAUGUAUCCCAGCUUUUCCAGUGAAGGCAGUGCAUUAGAAGCUCUGUCAUUGUUGAAGACAUUGAGAAAUCUGGCAAAGAAAUUUCUCUGAAAGGAUGACCACCACAGGCCACGGGUUGCCUAUGGAUUGGUUAUUAUAGUAUGAGUUUAAGAGGCUGGUUCUCUGCAAGGAUUUGCUCUUGAAGCAUUUAGUGCUUGGAAUUAAGAUAAAGUCAGGGUUCUUGCUAAUGAAGGGUCAAAUGUCCAGUCACCUCCAGGGGAUCUGGUAGGCAGGCAGCUCUAAAUGCCAAAUUGGUUCUUUUAACCCCAUUCUUGGCAUCCCUCAAAUGGUCAAUGCGUUUGAAGGGGAAAGUCAUCAAAAUGUUUUGACUAGCAAUUUUUGUGGAAUUUGGUUUGAAUUCAGCUUAGCAUUCUCUUUGAUGCUGAUGGUAUAGCUAGUAUAUUAACCAUGCAAGUAAUGUCAUAAUCUUAAUAAUAGAAAUCUCAAUACUUUAAAUAAUAUUUUUUCUCUUGAAAACAGUUUUUCAGAGAGAGUUCUGUCGUUUCACCUACUUCUUGUCAUUUGGGAUCCCUCGUGUACUGUCAGUUGUGUGUAAUUGUAUCUGGGAAGUAAGAUGAAACACAUUUCCUGGCAAGGAAAUAUCUAAAAUGAACAAGGCCAGUAACUAGGAGUUAAUCUAUAAUUGUUCAGAAGCCAGCCAUGAAAAACAAAAUUGUUAUAGUUUUUUAUAAACAUUUUAUAAUACUUUUUUGAAGUGUGAUGAGAUACUUAAGUUUAGAAGUAGGUAAUAGUAAUAUGACAGCACAUCUUUCUUUAGCAAAUAGUAUCUUAGUAAAGAAUUAGUGCCUUUCUUAAAGAAACUUAUUGAUAAGCUGUUAUGGCACUGGUAUUUCUUUUAGGUUAGAUGGAAAUCCUUUACUAUAACCAGCAUUAUUAUUAUUUUUGUUGCUUGGCUUCCAAUUAUACUUCUUGUGCCCUUUGUGUCAGCUGGAUUGCUGACAUAAUCCUAAUAUCAUUUACUAUAACAUUUAGAGAAAAUUCAAAAUAGAAAUUUAAAUGGAGGAAAAUGAGGUGUUUGACAAUUUAACUGUUCUGUCUCUUGCAGAAUGAUCAUGGAUGAUCAACAGGCAUAAUUUUUUAAAAGAACAAUUAAUAGGCUUUUUCAUAUUAAAUAAUUAAGAUAUAUUUAUAAGUUUAUUUUUGGUAUGCUUAUAGAAAAAUGUGAUUGUGACAAGCUUUAGUGAUUUGCUCAAUUUCCUGUUUCAUUCAGCCAGUACUAAUUGAAAUGCUUGCUUGCAUAGAAGUUGGCUCAAUUUUAUACUUUUUAAGAACGUUGAAUUGUACUGGUGUCUCCAGACCCAUAAACAAACUCAUAGGUUUGCUGCAGUAGGGAAAAGGAAAAGCAAAGGGAAUAUUUUUGCAUUUUAGAUUUUAAAAAUUGUAAGGCUGGCAAGAGCUUGAUGAAAUAGAUGUAUAUUCCAUUUAUACAUAUUCAGUGUACAACAGAUUAUACAGUGCUGCACUGGACUGCACUAUAAGAUGUAAUUCAUAAAUAAAAAAGUAGUGAUACUUGUGGAAAAACCUUUUUAACAAUACCUAAAUUUCCAAGGAACAGUAUAAUUGGAAGGCAUUCACCAUGAUAAUGUGUACAAUUAUAAUAAAAGUUUUAUUUAAUGAUAAUAUAGCUUCUUUCAGAAGGAAAGUGAGACUUAAGAGUUGGAAUUUGAAAUGGAAUGAUUUCUCUUUAAAGAUAUGAAUUACAAUGAAAUCUACUACCAAUUUCAGUGCCAUUUCUUCCACAACCUAGAAGAUGCAGACUACACAAAGGAGCUCCUAGGAACCUAUGUAAAAAUAGGGUUAGUAAUAGAGAACUUCUGACUGCAGUCUUUGCCACACAUCUUUCCAUUUUAGUCUUCUUGAAGGCUACACCAAAUCUUGUAGUAAAAGAUGCUUCUAUAGCACGUUAUCUUUUAUUUUGCUAAAUGACAGAUAGAUGGCUCAGCAUGACCUGGAGUGUCUUUUCCAAAUUACAUAUAGAAGAGUUUCUUUUUUAAUAACAAAGCAACAUUCUCUGUUGCGAAAAGCAAUUGGUGGGAUAAUGAAAUUUUAUCUACCAAGUAAUGUUAGAAGAUGAAAUGGACAGGAGGCGAGGAUUGGGUUGAUAUGGCAUUACAGUAAAAUUGUUUCAAAUAAUGUAUUUCUGACCUUGUUGAAAUAGAUUAGUGUUUGUAGUGCAAAACAGAAAUCCAAUUGCUAAAAUAAGGAGUGUUUCUUUUUUUUAAAAAAUUGCACUUUAAAAUUAUGCACUGGAUACUGAUGGGAAGUAAUGCAAAUGGUUGUGUUAUGAUAUGUGGGUUAUGCAGAGAAAGCUUCUUGGCAGAGCAACAAAUAAAAAGGGCUUCCUUGUGUUGCUCUGAGCUAUUAUGGUUUGCCACCUCCCUGGAAAUUAUUUAGCCUAAUAUAUGGAUUAUGGGUGAAAUAAAUAUCCAUUUAAAAACAUGACAGCAGUGUUGAAUCCCGCUGUCCACACUGGAAAUAGGGUGGCUUAUGUUAACCUUAUUUAAUGGCAUUUUAAUAAAUUUAAUGCAUACUAAUAAAUUGAGAGGUGUCAACUUGCAUUUCAGUCUCUCUGGCUGCAAACAGACACUGCAUUAUUUAUGCAAAGAUGUCGAAAGACAUUUAAAGCAGGCAGCUCUCAUUUAUGGAUCUCUAGUUUUGGUAGAAAUUUAGGCUUCUAAAACAAACUCCAAGUUGGAGAGCAAUUUUCAAGCAAUUACUGUAGCAUGAUAACUUCUUAAAGUAGAGUAUAAUUUUGUAGCACCAUCAUAUUGUCUGACACUAUUAUGAAGUUAUUUAGAUCUGUUUUAAGUCAUUUUGUGAAACUUGCUCAUAGUAGUAAUAAAUGUUUUAUACAAAGGA